CCGUAAAGGGUAUUGAGGGGGGAUUUCAUGUCCUAGCAGGGUUGUCGCCAUUAUGGUUAAUGAUCCAUCCAACACGAAAAGGUCCCCCAAUACCUACUGCUGUAGCUUAAGGGAAAAGUUCCCUUUGUGGGAGGAUAGAGUUUCGAUUCCUCUCAGCAGUCUAUUCUUCGUUAUCGACAAGCUACACUACCACAACAAGGUCUUCAUCUACGUCAGCCGCCUCGAUGUCCCUGGAUGGAUCAAUGCUCUCCGUUGCCACGCAAUGCUGCUGCAGGAUCUCGAUCAGCUCGUGCCAACUUGGCUCUUGAGAAGCUUCGCGUGCAGCGGCGAUGGCGUGACGGUAUCGCAGAGAUCAGUCUUUCGGAAGCCCGCAGUGAUAGUAGCGCUUGACAGGGAGGCCCACACGCUUUUGAUCUAGCUGACGAUGUUGUGGCGCUCCGGUGCCGCCAUCUUGAAAGCCACGCCAGCUCCAGCAGCUCUAACUUGUGAUAAUAGAAACCCAAUCCACUCC